AAGACGUCAUCAAACAGUUCUCGUGCGUGCCAUUGCCACAUUCCCCAAACGGCGCCACGGUAGAGAGAGAAAGAGAGAGAGAGCGUUUUCGGUUUAAUUUCUCCACACUUCUCGUUUUGUUCUGUGCUGUUGCGUAGGACCCUACGGCUGGUUUUGUUCCUUGGCUUCCUCCAGUCGUCUGCAGAAAGUUUGUUGCCGUGUGUAGAGUUCCCUGGACGGCAGCUAAAGAUAGCAGCUGGUCAAGCCUGUUGUUUUCUUCCGGCCCUUGUGCUGUCUAGUGAAACGAAACCAUGGGGAAGCAGAACAGCAAGCUCCGCCCUGAGGUGAUGCAGGACCUGCUGGAAAGCACAGACUUUACAGAGCAUGAAAUCCAGGAAUGGUACAAGGGCUUUCUACGGGACUGUCCCAGUGGCAACCUCUCCAUGGAGGAGUUUAAGAAAAUCUACGGAAACUUCUUCCCUUAUGGAGAUGCCUCAAAGUUUGCAGAGCAUGUGUUCCGUACUUUUGACGCAAACGGCGACGGCACAAUAGACUUUCGGGAGUUCAUAAUUGCAUUGAGCGUCACAUCACGAGGGAAGCUGGAACAGAAGCUCAAGUGGGCGUUUAGCAUGUAUGAUUUGGAUGGAAAUGGAUACAUCAGCAAAGCAGAGAUGCUUGAGAUUGUGCAGGCGAUUUAUAAGAUGGUGUCAUCAGUAAUGAAGAUGCCGGAGGAUGAGUCCACACCUGAGAAGAGAACAGAAAAGAUCUUCAGACAAAUGGACACCAACCGAGAUGGAAAACUGUCUCUGGAGGAGUUCAUCAAAGGGGCAAAGAGCGACCCAUCCAUUGUGCGUCUGCUACAGUGUGACCCCAGCAGUGCAGGACAGUUCUGAGAUCAGCGUCUCAUGCUUCAACCUUUUAUUUAUUUAUGGGUUUUAAUUCAGUUUUUGAUAUAGUCGCUCCUUCCACACGCAGGGAAAUGAUGGAGGGUCAGGUUAUUAUUAUUUUUUUUUUUUUUCCAAGAGUAGGGCAUCUGGGUCUCAUCAGACUGAGCUUGGCCAGAUAUAGAAACACACACAUGCGCACACAGAGUUAUUGGCUGUGUUAUCUCUGUAGGGAGCCACACCGGGUCUGUAAGAGGCCUGUGAUGGAGUGAAUUAGGGUUACUAGAGUAUUUAUCUGAGCUCGAAUCACUUCCUGAUUAGAAAAGAGGUUUCAUGUCAUGGUUAAAAAAAAAAAAAAAAAUUCUCUGGGUAUUAGCUGAGGCAGUUUAAGCUUGACCAAGACUGGAAUAUAAGAUGUGGUGGAAUAGUUUAUGCACUCAAUAAAACAUAGUUUUGUCCUUAUUAUUUUUAAUUUUUUUUUAAUAUCUAAUGCCUGAAUCCUAGAUCAAACAGGUGACAAUAGUGUGUAAACACCUCAGCCUUAGUGAUUUGAAUAUUUGGGUUAUUUUUUAACUUUUAGACUAUGUAGUUUCUCUCAAUUCAUAGUUUGGCCAGCUUUAUUAUUGGCAGAUCACAGUAUUAUUAUUCAGUGGGACCAAUAAAUCAGGCAUGCAGAUUUUCGAGUUGUAUGAUUCCCCACGUUGUGCUUACAAUCUAAAGAGCCUUAUUACUUAGUGCUGGAAGCGCACAUCCAGUUUUGUGUGGAUUAGUUUGGUUUUAAUCAGAUUGUCUACCAUUCAAAAGAUAUGAAAUGAACUGUGUUCUCUUUUUCCAGUUUUCUAAUGUUUGUACUGUAGUAACUGUAGGCUUGUAUAUAAAUCUGAAAUAUCAGACACGCAUGCAAAACUGUACUCUGAGUUCCAUCUUAGGAUGCAGCAAUCGGUUUUAUUUUUAGCAAAAGCAUGUAAACAAGUUUAUCUGCAUUUGUGGACAGGAGAGUAUUUGUGUAAUUUGUAUGCAUGUGUUGUGUGUAUGUGUUUGGUUAAUAGCAGUCACAGCCCUGUUUGCUCACCCAGGUUCUAGAUGUUGUGUUGCAUUGUUUGCAUUAUUGCAGAACGUUUUAUUGAAGAAGUACUAAAGCUUUAUUCAUUUAAAGCUAAUAUAAUUUUAGAAUCACUUUAAUCUGCUAUACAGGCAGUCUUUAACCCUGGAUUGUACACACGAGCAUCAUCAAGUUACUGAAUUGCCUUAAACGCACUCUCAAGUGUUUGUGUGUGUGUGAGUGAUAUAUAUAUAUAUUUUUUUUUUAAUCAAGCUUCAAUUGCAGUAAAUCAGCUUGAACCCGAAAUGAAAAUUAUCCAUUUGUUGGUGAGUUUAGCUCUAUGCUCUUCCCGUUCACUCCUUUAACAGAUGUAAUUAUGUUGACAGACUUUUGCUUAAUAUAUUAAUUUGUCAUACAAGCUCAUUUCAAAAUAACAUCAAGCGUGUACGUGGAAAUAGGACCUUUUCAUUGCUUUUCAAAUGCCACUUGCAUUCAUGUUGUAUUCAUACGUGUAUCCAUUUCACUUGCGGCACAAAUUGAAUUCAAUAAUAUGUAGAGAGCAUUUAUUUCGGUGCUCCUAGUAGUUCCCAUAUCACCCUCUGCCCUGCUUUUAUCAAACGUGCCAACUGCUUCUACUGAUGUUCAGUGUUCUUGAAUGUCCCUGUUAAUGCCAAAUGCCUCACCACAGUGCAUUCGGUUCUGCUAUACUGUUAAUGAACGUAUUUGAAUGUUUUUAUUUUAGUUUUUAUCUUACUCGUUGAACAACUGCUGUUUUUGUAAAAAUAUAGAAAGAGGCAGAUCAAAAUUGUUCUGUUAUUUCAUGGUUUAUGCAUAUUUUACGUAGGUUUUUUUUUCCCCCGUUUUGUUUUCUUUUUAAACAUCUGACAUUUCUGUAUGACAAUUAUAUCAUGAAGUCAGGUGCCAAAAAUAUGAAAGCAGUAUUGUGAAAAUUUAUACUGUACAAUUUGUCAAACAAAUUGUUUGUAAUUGGUGCAUUUUGUAGAUUUUUGUAUGGUAAUCUGUAUUUUGUGACUGUAGAUUUAAGACAUAGAGAUUUGUUUUGGUUAUCAUGUUGAGCAGAAAUUAAAUCUGGAGGGAACAGUG